AUGGCCUUGACAACGCGAGGCAUUGCAUGGGGUGGCCCCGCGUUCAAAUCUCCCUCUGUGCAGGAGUUCAGCGAAAUCCUGCCCUCUGAGAAAGCCGAGGAGGCUGUUUGGAAUGGCCAUUGCCUUGCGCGGGAGUUGGCGCAGCUUGCGUUGGACCACACCUGCGACGGGGAUGUCGAGUGGCGCGUCGCCGAGAUCUGCAAGAACUGGGAGGAACGACAGCUGUCUGAGCGGGGCAUUGGGGCUGAAUCUGCCACGGCUCUGCACCUGCAUCAGACGAUGAGCUCCUUCCAGACCAGGGUCUUGGGUGAGUUGGAGACCAUUCGUGCUGGCAUGCCAGCUUCCAGAGAUACAGGCGAGAGGUUUCAUGCCGCUCUUCUUCACGCAUGGGAGGAAGUGAUGCAUGGAAUAGACUGCAGCCACAGCCUGUGUGAGGACGUAGACCAGCCGGAGGCCCGAUCAGCUAGCGAGGCAAGUGCUGAGCUGCAGGAAGUCAAGACUGUUGAGGCUUCGCCGGAUGCGGCACUGGAAGUUUGCAAAGCAACCCCUGCUGGCGAGCGAGACGAUGUUGAUUUGGCGCGAGCUGCGUCCGAAUCGAAUGAGUCGGUUGAACUCAUAGAAGAGCCGGCGUCCGUGAACGUUGAAAUCGGAGAAAACAUGAAGGCUUCUCACACCGCAGACGGCACGGACUGUGUGAACGACGAAGACGGGCAUCGCCUUGCGCUGGAAUUGGCGCAGCUUGCGUUGGACCACACCUGCGACGGGGAUGUCGAGUGGCGCGUCGCCGAGAUCUGCAAGAACUGGGAGGAACGACAGCUGUCUGAGCGGGGCAUUGGGGCUGAAUCUGCCACGGCUCUGCACCUGCAUCAGACGAUGAGCUCCUUCCAGACCAGGGUCUUGGGUGAGUUGGAGACCAUUCGUGCUGGCGUGCCAGCUUCCAGAGAUACAGGCGAGAGGUUUCAUGCCGCUCUUCUUCACGCAUGGGAGGAAGUGAUGCAUGGAAUAGACUGCAGCCACAGCCUGUGUGAGGACGUAGACCAGCCGGAGGCCCGAUCAGCUAGCGAGGCAAGUGCUGAGCUGCAGGAAGUCAAGACUGUUGAGGCUUCGCCGGAUGCGGCACUGGAAGUUUGCAAAGCAACCCCUGCUGGCGAGCGAGACGAUGUUGAUUUGGCGCGAGCUGCGUCCGAAUCGAAUGAGUCGGUUGAACUCAUAGAAGAGCCGGCGUCCGUGAACGUUGAAAUCGGAGAAAACAUGAAGGCUUCUCACACCGCAGACGGCACGGACUGUGUGAACGACGAAGACGGGCAUCGCCUUGCGCUGGAAUUGGCGCAGCUUGCGUUGGACCACACCUGCGACGGGGAUGUCGAGUGGCGCGUCGCCGAGAUCUGCAAGAACUGGGAGGAACGACAGCUGUCUGAGCGGGGCAUUGGGGCUGAAUCUGCCACGGCUCUGCACCUGCAUCAGACGAUGAGCUCCUUCCAGACCAGGGUCUUGGGUGAGUUGGAGACCAUUCGUGCUGGCGUGCCAGCUUCCAGAGAUACAGGCGAGAGGUUUCAUGCCGCUCUUCUUCACGCAUGGGAGGAAGUGAUGCAUGGAAUAGACUGCAGCCACAGCCUGUGUGAGGACGUAGACCAGCCGGAGGCCCGAUCAGCUAGCGAGGCAAGUGCUGAGCUGCAGGAAGUCAAGACUGUUGAGGCUUCGCCGGAUGCGGCACUGGAAGUUUGCAAAGCAACCCCUGCUGGCGAGCGAGACGAUGUUGAUUUGGCGCGAGCUGCGUCCGAAUCGAAUGAGUCGGUUGAACUCAUAGAAGAGGCGGCGUCCGUGAACGUUGAAAUCGGAGAAAACAUGAAAGCCUCUCACACCGCAGACGGCACGGACUGUGUGAACGACGAAGACGGGCAUCGCCUUGCGCUGGAGUUGCGACUUGCAUUGGACCACACCUGCGACGGGGAUGUCGAAUGGCGCGUCGCCGAGAUCUGCAAGAACUGGGAGGAACGACAGCUGUCUGAGCGGGGCAUUGGGGCUGAAUCUGCCACGGCUCUGCACCUGCAUCAGACGAUGAGCUCCUUCCAGACCAGGGUCUUGGGUGAGUUGGAGACCAUUCGUGCUGGCGUGCCAGCAGGUUCCCGAGAUACAGGCGAGAGGUUUCAUGCCGCUCUUCUUCACGCAUGGGAGGAAGUGACGUGCCUAGAGAACGACCAUGCAGAGUCCUGGCUGGAGAUUUUCCUUAUCAGGUACCGGUAG